AUGCCGGGUCGCAAAGCAACCAAGUCAAAGGAACCCAAAAGGUUAACAGCUCCUGCAGCUAUUAGCGACGAAGAGAUGUCCGACGCCGGCGGCGAAAUCGCCAUCCCGCUAAAGGAGAAGCGCGCGAAGAGCCGAUCCGCGGAAUACCGAGACGAUGUCAGCGAAGCCAAAAGCGAAGACGACAUUCCCGUGAUCUCUGGCGACCUGAAUGGCGAUGCCGCCAAACCUGUCAAGCCAGACUCUGCGGAGGCCGGCGAUGAAGAGGAGGAGGAGGAGGAAGAAGAAGAGGAAGGCGACGAGGACGAUAAUUUGGAGGCCGAUGAAUACGUUGUUGAGAAAAUUCUUGACCAUCAAGUUGCUGACGACGGCACCGUGAACUUCCGAGUCAAAUGGGAAGGUUACUCUAAGAAAGCAGAUCAAACCUGGGAACCCGAAGACAGCUUGAAGGAAGGCGCAUCAGAAAUUUUGGAGGAAUAUCUUCGGAAGCUGGGUGGGCGCGAGGCGCUGUUUGAGGAGAAGACCAAGGCCAAGACCACAAAGAAGCGCGGCCGUGCCGGUGCCUCGUCGUCCACGCCACCGGCGAGCAGCAAGAAAAGCAAGCGCAAUGGUCACCCCGCCGAAGCUACUCCUCCCGCGUCAGCAAAGGAGGCCAAAUCUAAGGCCUGGACACUGCCCAGUGGCAGUUGGGAGGAUGGCGUCGAGUCGAUUGAUGCCUGCGAGGACGAAGAGUCGGGCUCCAUUAUCAUCUACCUCAACUGGCGAAACGGCCAGAAGACUAAGCAUCCCAAGGAGGUGGUGUAUAAGCGAUGCCCCCAAAAGAUGCUGCAAUUCUACGAGAAGCACAUUCGCAUCAUCAAAGCGGGACCUGACGCCGAGGUCCCGGAGCCGGAUGCCGUCCUCGACGCCGAGGUAUAG